AGAAGAGGUGGUUACUCAAAUACCUGGUUAGGGUUUUGAUUCGAGCGUAUGGCAACAGGUUUCUCACAUCAGAGGCAAAUAGGGGAGGAAAAGGGUUCAACCAAGAGUGAGGAACCAUCUUUACAGGAUUACUGAGACAAACCUUUGUAUCUGUCAAAUAGGUGGUAUCUUUGGACAUGUGAAACAAUUGUUUUGGAAGUGAAGUGGAUUUGAAAUGAAUGUUGCCACAACAAUCAUGGAUUCUUCUGUUGUCUUGGGUAGCACGAUUUUGGAGCCUCAUAAUGAUCUGGAAUUUGAAUCUCAUGAAGCUGCAUAUGCAUUUUACAAAGAAUAUGCCAAGUCUGCAGGGUUCGGUACUGCUAAGUUGAGCAGUCGUCGGUCUAGGGCAUCAAAGGAAUUUAUUGAUGCCAAAUUUUCAUGUAUAAGAUAUGGUAAUAAGCAGCAAUCUGAUGAUGCAAUUAAUCCACGCCCUUCUCCAAAAAUUGGUUGCAAGGCAAGCAUGCAUGUGAAGAGAAGACAGGAUGGUAAGUGGUAUGUCUACAGCUUUGUGAAGGAGCAUAAUCAUGAGCUUUUACCUGCUCAAGCUCAUUUUUUUCGGAGCCACAGGAGUUCUGAUCCACUAAGUAAUGAUGUUAGGAUGCGCAGGCGGAAGAACUCAACUGCAGUUUCUAAACUAUUUAGUGCAUAUCAGAAUGUUGAUUGUUUAGAGAACUUUAUGAAACAUCAACAUGAUAAAGGGCGAAGUUUGGUUUUAGAAGCAGGGCAUGCCCAAUUGCUUCUUGAACUCUUCAUGCGCAUGCAAGAAGAGAAUCCAAAAUUCUUCUAUGCAGUUGAUUUGAAUGAAGAGCAUCGACUGAGAAAUGUGUUCUGGGUUGAUGCUAAAGGCUUGGAAGAUUUUCCUUACUUUUCUGAUGUUGUUUCUUUUGACACAACAUAUUUUACCAGCAAGUAUAAAAUACCAUUGGUACUUUUCAUUGGGGUAAACCAUCAUAUUCAACCAAUAUUGCUUGGUUGUGCAUUGAUUGCUGAUGAGACCAUAUAUACUUUUGCCUGGUUACUGCAAACAUGGUUAAUAGCAAUGGGAGAACGAGUUCCACAAGUGAUUCUCAGUGACCAAAAUGAGGCUAUUAAAGCAGCUGUUGCCGCUGUUCUUCCUGGAACACGUCAUUGCUUUUGUUUGUGGCAUGUUUUGGAAAAGAUUCCCAAACAGCUUGAAUUUUUAAGCACAUGGCAUGAUAGCUUUAUGGAAAAAUUUAACAAAUGUAUAUAUAAAUCAUGGACAGAGGAGCAAUUUGAAAAGAGAUGGUCGAAGUUAGUUGACAGGUUUAACCUUAGAGAUGUUGAGUGGGUCCAAUCCUUGUAUGAUGACCGUACGUGUUGGGUGCCAAUUUUUAUGAGAGAUAUUUCUUUUGCUGGCCUGUCUACUAGUUCACGCUCAGAAAGUUUAAAUUCUUUGUUUGACAACUAUGUCCAAGUUGAUACUUCAUUGAGAGAAUUUAUAGAACGGUACAGAGUGAUUCUUGAAGAUAGGCAUGAAGAGGAAGCCAAAGCAAAUUUUGAUGCUUGGCAUGAAACACCUGAAUUGAAGUCUCCUUCCCCUUUUGAAAAACAAAUGUUAUUAGUUUACACACAUGAGAUUUAUAAAAAGUUCCAGAUUGAGGUUUUGGGUGCAGCUGCUUGCCAUCUGAAGAAAGAAAAUGAUGGCAUGACUACCACUUAUAGUGUGAAGGACUUUGAAAAUAAUCAAAACUACAUGGUAGAAUGGAACACAUCAAACUCAGAUAUAUAUUGUUCAUGUCACUUGUUUGAAUAUAAAGGUUAUCUCUGUAGACAUGCUAUUGUUGUUUUACAAAUGUCAGGUGUUUUCAGCAUCCCACCAAAGUAUAUAUUGCAAAGAUGGACAAAUGCUGCUAUGAGCAGGCAUCCUAUUGGUGAAAAAUUGGAAGAGGUUCAAUCCAAGAUUCGGCGAUUCAAUGAUUUAUGUAGACGAGCCAUAAUAUUGGGUGAAGAAGGUUCUUUGUCACAAGAAAGUUACUAUAUUGCUUUAGGUGCCAUAAGUGAAGCUCUACAGCAAUGUGCAAAUUUGAACAACUCUGUUGAGAAUGGUACAAGGCCUGAUGCCUUAGCUACCCAUGUUGUUUGCAAUGUUGAACAAGAGUAUCAAUCUAUUAUUACAUCUAACAGUAAGGUCCCUGAUCCAAAAAUGAAUACUGGUAAUAAGGCUGGGAGGACUGUUGCGGCUGGUAGGAGUCUAGGAAGUGCAGAAAAUAGUGAAGGAAAUAAAGGAAAGGUACCUCAGCUUGAAGCAGUGACUGGGAAAGAUGGUUUUCAACAAAUGGAGCCAACUGAUCUGAGGUCACAUAAUGUCAUGCCUAUGCAGUUUCACAGUAUGGUGCCGGUGCAGGCGCUGUUCCAUAAUGUUUCGUCGACACCGUAUCAUACCGCUGCUUCGACUCAUUUGCAUGAGAAUCGUCUUUCUCGUUAGCUGAAUAAAAAUUUACUUUUAAAAGGAUAUGAAGACCAUGUAUAGAACUGUACAUAAAAAAUGCCACUUCUGCAAGGCACCACACCUUUCACCUAAUGGUUUCUAUGUUGCAGAGAGGCUAAGCGGCAAUCGAAGUUGAUAGUUGUGCGGCCUUAAGGACCAUUGUAUUCCAAAGUUAAGCUUACCAUCGACGUAGGCAUCUUUUGUUGGUUUCGUUUAUGUUCUGAUUUUGUGUAAUAUUGAGAGGGCGAACGUUGGAGCAGGAUGGUUGUCCCUUGAGUAUGGAAAACCACUUAGCAAAAAUGCGGAGUAAGGUCAUGUAUAAUCUAUUGGGGAGCCUUUGCACUGAGAUUUACUUUUUUUAGUUUGUGUAAUAUUGUGUAUAGGUGCAUAUAUUUUGGGAUGUUUGUUUUAAAUAAUGAUUUUAAAACCGGACUAAUCAUUGAAUUGAU